ACUUCUUUCUCAGUGUAUAGCUGAAAUUUAUGUGAGAUUACGAUCGUGUGGUUUGAUAACGUGAAAAAUAUCAUACGUUUUCGCUCGAUUGACAGUCAGUCGAUCACGACAAGACGAUCUCGCGCUUUUGCCCGAAACGAAAUAUUAUUUCAGCAUUCGUCCUACAUAUUCCGUCGAAUUUGAGUAACCAAUGAAAAAUCUCGAAAUAUAACACAAAUUGGAACUACCCAACCUUUCUCAGGUUAUGCGAAGGAUCAAGGGGAUAAAAUUAGGGAGAAGAAGUAAGGUGUUCAGGUUUUAUGCUGAAAAAGAAAUAAUUAAAAAUUUUUUGUGUGGGAUAUGAAGUUUAUACACUGUAAUAAAUUUUAUUUUGCAAGAGGAAAUCUUAUUUCGCAGAAUUAAACUUUAUAUUCCACAAAUUAAUUUUCAUAUAUUUCUUUCUUAGUGUAUGUAACCUAUAUUUUUCACAAGGUUCUAAAGAAUAUGCAAAAUUUUAUCCAGAUUGGUCGAAGAGUUUAGGAGUGUAUAGGGAACAUACAGAUAAACAUUCUAUUUUAUAUGUAUAGAUUGUACAGGCUAAAGAAAUAACGGGAAGGGAUGAUUUACUAAAAAGAGAAUUCUUUGAUAUUUAACUAUCUCAAUAUUCUACCUGCAUUGGAUUUUUAUUCUUAAUUUCUGCAAGAUGUAUAUUAUAACAAUUAUGUAGGUUAACUCUGUAGAUGGAAUAUAUGUGACCAAAAAAUAUAUAAUAAUGUACUGAAUAUAUAAUAAUAUAAUAUAUAAUGUAUAUAUAAUAAUAUAAUGUACUGAAUAUUAAGGCGGAGGUGAAUAGAUCAAGUUUUCUCUUUCGUUCUGCUGAUUAUUGUCUUUUAUCGGUGUUAAAAGUGUUUUAAUGGGAUUUAGAGGUGCAAAAAAGACAUAAGAAAGAAGCUGUUGCCGCUGCAUCUUGCGUCCUAUAUUACGUCCUGGAGUCAAUUCCAGAUCGUCGUGGCCGAGCACUCAACCUACACAAGAAGUACAAAUCGAUCGAUCCGGAUAAUCGCGCAUUAAACGACGAAGAUCGUUAAAUGAUAAAGCUUUCAAAACAUUCUGAUAGCUUCUAGAACCAUCUAGAAGAUAGAGGUAUGUUUUGAAGUCGUUGACUGUUUACAUCUUCCAGUCGCCAAAUAUACGUGUUGUUCAUGGGCGGUUGUGGUGGGAGGAGGGAUUAUUUAUAUAUUUGGAGACUCUCGCGUAUUUGUCCGUACUUGUUCGUGAGUGUGUGUUGGCGUCGCGAACUACGUAUAUCGGCGAAUUAAUCGUUUCCGUUGGUUUCUGAAAUAUUUAAUCGGCGUUAAUUAACUCGAGUUUCGCGCUCUGAUCGAGUCAUGUCUACGCGAGUGUCAGUGUGCACCCGGAGUGUGUACCGUAACGGAAAGCAGUCAGGAUGUUGGAUCGAAAAGUCGGGAUGGAGGACGCAGGAUGCAGAGGCUUCGACAGGAAUACACGUUUCCAGCGAAGGAACUGAAAGUAUGCGGCAGCGCGAGCAGCGGCGGUGAGGUGUGCUGCUCGGCCGACAUGGAAUUGAGACUGCAGGCGCGAGCACGCGACAGCCACGAGAAGACUACCAAAGAAACACUCCACAAAAUGCACCAGAUACUGAACGCGCGAGCAAACAGGUUCCACACUUUUUUCAAGGAUCUACUGUCAACCAGCAAGCGAGGUUUUCACGACAUGUUCAAGAAAACCUAUGGCAUCCUCUACGAGCAGAACGCCUACGUCUUCACGGACUUCUUCCAAGAGCUAGAGAAUUAUUACGCGAAAGGAACGGUGGACCUGGACGACGCCUUGGACAAUUUCUUCAAUAUCCUCUAUCAGAAGAUGUUUACCGUGCUCAACAGCCAGUACACAUUCGAUAACAAAUAUCUGGAGUGCGUGAGCGAUCAUAUGAAGGAGAUGCGACCGUUCGGCGACGUGCCGCCGAAAUUAAGCGUGCAGAUUAAACGCUCCUUCGUGGCCACGAGGGCUUUCAGCCAGGCCUUGACUGUUGCCGCGAACGUAUUAAAAAAUAUGCAAACGCUGAAACCGUCUACGGACUGUGCAGCUGCCCUAACCAAGAUGACAGCUUGUCCGUACUGCAUCGGCAUACCGAAUAACGUGGUGGCGUGCAACGACAUGUGCACCAAUGUGAUGAAGGGUUGCUUGGCGCAGCACGCAGCACUCGACGCUGAGUGGAAUCACUUCGUCGAUGCCGUGGACAAGAUCGCCGACCGGCUGAUCGGACCAUUUAACAUUGAGGUGCUGGUGCGCCCCAUCAACCUGAAGAUCUCCGAGGCGAUCAUGAAUUUCCAGGAGAACAGCCAAGACGUAUCGCAACGUGUAUUCACUGGCUGUGGCCGGCCGGUUUUGGGCAAACGUAAGCGUAGGGAUAAUCGCGAAUUGCAGCUGGAGUCAUUGAACUUUGACCAAGAAACGUUGACGGACGAUCGCGCCCAGGCCGUCGCGCUUAUGGACAAGCUGGUGAAAGAAAUCCGCCAACGAGUGCGCGACUCCAAGCAAUUCUGGGUGUAUCUGCCGUAUCGAUUGUGCAACAACGGUAUGGGUAUGGGCCAGUCUAACACGAAGGAGUGCUGGAACGGCACGCACAUAGACAAGUAUAGAUACCCGGUGGCCUCGGACGGCGAGUCUCAGAAGAACAACGCGGAGGUGCGCAGCGUAGGACCACGGUCGACCAUCGUCAGGGACCAACUCUACGCGCUCACCACCAUCACGAACAGAUUGAAGUCCGCGUUCAACGGACAAGAUGUUGACUGGAUCGAUACGGAGGAAACAUUCUACGGCUCUGGCAGCGGCUCAGGCGACGGUGCCUUCACCGACGAUGAAGAUGGCUUCAAUGAGAGUUCCGGCUACGGUCCUGCGGAACCAGAACCGCCGAAGCAACCGCCCCCGGUGGUGCACGAGGUCGAGACGCCGCCGCGGAUGAACAUCGAACCGAAGACUGUCGGCGCAAGCAACGCCAACAACCAAACUACCGUGGACGGCGCCAAUGGCGCCAGCAGGCAGAAGAUGUCUCUUAACAGGGCGCUGACGACGUACCUGCUGCCGAUAGUGAUGAUGUGGUUCGGCGGUUGUCUCACUGAAUGGCUGUGAUCGGGUGGAUCUCGGGACGAGCGUAGCACAGUGUAAAUAUUGCCCGGUUCGCGAGCCGAUUGAUGGAAAAUGGACUUUUGAAGAAGACUUUUUGAAUGGACUUUUUGGAUGAAAAGGUCGCGCGUGGAUCGCUACGAAACGUACGGAUCAGCUUGUGCCGGUUCAUUGUCGAUCCGUUGCAGAUCCGUGAGGAGGACGCGGAUCAACGCGAGAGGAAGGAACGCUUGAUGAGGAUGGACGCUUCUGCGUUCUUUCCUUACUUAUCGACUUGUCGACUUGAAGCGAGAGUACUCAUGGCCAUAGCGUGGUCGCUAACGCCGUGCGGCGGCGAGGCCGAAGGUGAGGCGAGGCGAAUCACGCGCGAUUAAUGGAUUAUUGUUGGGACAAGAGAGACGACGCCUCCUCUCUCAGGCGAGGGAAACAAUGCGAGCGCGAGUGACCCAGCGGAAGCUUUGUCUCGCCGGGUAGAAGAGAGACGGCGCAUUCUUCGACUGUGUUGUCCCCGCCAUUCGGUUUUAUUAUCGCCGCCGAGCUGGCUGGAAUUAACAGUACCUCCGAGCGAUGUUUCUUCCCCUCCCAGUUCGUCGGGCAUGCCUCCGCUGUGAUCUGGUCACCCGCGCUCUCUUUCUCUUUCCUUUGCCACGUGAUGGUGCGAAAAUGCCUUUCGAAGUGUAGACGUGUACUUUUUCGAACUUGCGAAACGAUCGUGUCGGAAACGGAAACGGGGCUCCGAGAUGCAUGCAAACGAUCCUGUUUUCCCGAGAAGAAGCACUCUCGGGAUGAAAUUGUUGCGCCAUUUAACUCUAGGAAGGUAGCGUGAGUAACUUUCACUCAUAUUGAAAGCUUCAAAGUUAAAAAGGCAGUGAUAAUUUAUGAUCAUCUUCGUGUGUAAUUAAAGUAGGAGUGAGUAAUCUCUACUCAUUCAAGAAAUAUCUCAGAGCAGUGGCAUCCAUUUCAGUGAACUGUAAGAUAAAUAUUAGAAGAAAAGCUUAAGGUUUUUAAUAUGCGUGAAAGUUAUUCGCGUUGUUCAUCUAAGGUUAACAUUUCCGAAUUUUAGAAGGGUACACUGCGUUAAACGUUAUCAGACUUACUGCCAACUAAAAAAAAAGAAAAGGACAGAAAAAAAAUUGUAAAUUAUAUCACGGCGGUGGGGUAACCACAUUCCAGUUGGAUCAUGUCUUUCCUUCUAAUUUUAGAUUUACUCUAUGGUCUUUUGUCGAAAACUAGUAGGUAUUCCCGAUUGAACAUUCAGAUUUUUACGUAAGCGAGUUGUCGUGAAAGAUGGAAAACUCAUUCCGAUUGGAACGAGCUGUCCUUCCGGGUUUUCCAACACGCGGCAUAUCGGAAUUCUCUACUGCCACAACGGGAAAUUCAGACUUAUUAUUAAAAUAUUUCACGCUGUACUGUAAUGCUGUUCUCGUUCAUCUCUCUUUUGGUCACGAGAGAUGUGCGAUUAGGGGCCGAGCCGUGCGGCUAUAAAGAAGAAGACGAUCGUCGAUCGGACGACGCGACUGCAUAUCUUGAUCUCGCGUGCGUCACGGUGUCUAGCGCACCGGGUGAACGUAAAUAAUCGCGACAGGCGAUGUAGCAAUCCGCGCGCCAACAAUCCCGACGAGAGGUAUAUGUAGUUUCGACAUACCCGAUAUACGUAAGAGGAGCCGAGCGGAGUAUACGACAAGCGGAGAAGCGGGACUGAAUAUUUAUUAAGUGUUCGUCGUGUGAUCGACCGGGAACUCGAAUGCGCGAGUCCUGGAAAGCGGCGGGAGGCAUGAACAAUCAGAAUCCUCGUUCUAUGGAUGGAUUUCCGGAGAAGCCGCGCGUUGUACUAAUUACUGGCUUGCUUAAAUGAAUAAUUUCGUAUUUUUUAUUCGACAGUCUGUUGGCAGAUCCACAUAACUCACUGCGCAAUCCAAAAUAAUAAUUCUCACCUACCAGAAGAUCAGCAUAUUUCAAUCAUAUUAUAAGAUACCAAUAUCUUAAUUAAGUUGUACCAUAGUAUUUUUUACAACGUUAAACGCGACUGUCUCCUGUUUAUAUUUCAUGUCGGCAUUGGCUGCCUAGAUUUCGAACGAAUAAAAAUCAGAUUGA